AUAUUGUUCAGUUAAUUGUUUCUCAUUAUUGGUUAAUUAUGUUAACCGGAUUAACGUUUAAUUUAAUUGAGUUUAUUUGUUGGUGAAUAGAUUGACUUUUGGUAGAUUAUCCAAGUGUUGGAAUUUAGUGGAAAUGAUCGAAUGGUUUGAUGUUAUUUGUUUCCUUCUCUCUGGAUGAUGUCCAACUUGAGUCCGAUUUCCAAUCAACAACAUCUCAAUAUCAUCACUUACCUUUGAUAGAUUUUCUCAUUUGCUCUCUUAUUCAAUUUUUAUUUUGGUUGAUCGAAAUUUUAAUUCAUCUAAUUGAUUUGUUGUUCGUGAUUAAUUUGUGUUUUUUUUCUUUAAAUCGAACGUAUGAAUCCGCCUGAUAUUUCUUCGGACUGUUUGUCUGAUGAAGAUGAAGAUGAAUUUGAAAGGGAAAACAAUUCACAUAGAGAAUUGAAAGAAACAGAGGAAUAUGCAAAUUGUGAGGACAAAUCUAGUGGAGAUAAUGGAGAGGAUAAUCAACUGAUUGACAAGCCAAAUAGUUCACCCAAUCAGAAAGAAACCAGUGAUAAUCCUGCUGAUGAUUUACCAAUUCAACACGAUGAACAUUUAAUCAAAGAUAUUGCUCAGUUUGAUAAUUACAAAAAUCAACUUUACAAGCAUCCAUUGUAUCCACUUUUAGCUCUAUUGUUGGAGAAAUGUGAAAUUGCAACAGCGACAUUAGGUGUUAAUGAUGAACCAUUUGCUUCCGGAGAAACAUUUAAUAGUGAAUUAAGAGCAGCAAUAGAAAGUAAACUUGGUGAUGAGGGAUUAAUUUUAGGUGAAAAUCCUGAAGUGGAUAAUCUGAUGAUCAAAGCAAUUCAAGUUCUUAGGAUCCACUUACUGGAGCUGGAAAAAGUUCAAGAUUUAUGUAAAGACUUCUGUUUCAGAUACAUCAAUUGCUUGCGAACUAAAAUGAAUUCAGAAAAUCUAUUACGUGGAACAUCAAGUUUACAUGGUUCCUUUGAUAAUUCUUCCUGCUCUUCGUCUUCAUCAGAUGAAUGUUCCUCUGGUCCUUCAAAUUAUUCCUUCAAUGAUCCCAGUAACUCAGUGCCAACUGAUUUUCAAACAGCAAUUGCACAAGAUCUCACAAAAAACAAACAAACACAUCAACAAAAUCAAUCGAAAUAUAAACAACAACAAUCUGAAGAGAAAACCAAAGAUCCAGAUAAAGAGAAAUCAACGGAAAAUCAACCUCAAGAUAAUGGAGCAAAUAAACCUUUAAAUUUAACUUAUCGAAUCGACAGUGGCACCGAAGGUGACCUCAGUGAUGAGGCUUCGAAUGUUGCUCAAAAGCGAAACCAGAAAAGAGGAAUUCUACCAAAACAAGCGACUUCGGUAAUGCGAUCUUGGCUAUUCCAACACAUUGUGCAUCCAUAUCCAACCGAAGACGAAAAACGAUCGAUUGCAGCUCAAACAAAUUUAACUCUUCUCCAAGUGAACAAUUGGUUUAUCAAUGCACGAAGAAGGAUCUUACAACCGAUGCUCGAUUCUGCAAAUAUAAAUAACAACAGUACAAGUGAAACGAAUCCAGAGAUAAACAAUUCAAGUAACACUGGUAAUCAAUCAAUAAACAUGAAGGAAACAAAUUCGGUGAAAAAGUUAAAAACUUCCAAUGGAACCAAAAGUUCACAAAAAAAUUGGUCUCUUCCAAUUUCCAAUACAAUUGACAAAGUCUCAGGAUCAACUGAACAAUCAACGACAACAACCUCAACACGAUAUUUAAGUUGAAAUUGAAUCAGUAAUUAACCAAAAUUAAUUUAAUUCUAAUUUACCACCGAUCAUGUAUUCUAAUAUAUUAACCAAAUCUCAAAGAUGAUACUCAUUUAGGACUCAGAACAGUUAAUUGUUAACAAAAAGAGAAACAAUUAACUUGUUCAAGUGUUUGUGUUCAAAUUGAAAACACAAUUUUUAUCUAAUGUACCAUUUCAUUAAUAGUCAACUAAUCAAUACUCUUCUUUGUUUUUAGUCUUAAUUAUUCAAUUUAAUCAUUUAUCACCAUUGAUAUGGAUGCAUCACUUUAAUCAUCUUCUUCAUCUGUACAAAGUUAAAUCCCAAAAACGAAAUUAAAUCUUCAAACUCCAUUCCAAUGAAUUGAAAUAAAGAGAAAAAAUUGAAAAUUCUAA